AUUUCACAGAGAAGAGCGAUUGGUCUCGGUUAAUUUUUGACCAGUGUCAAUAGUUCCUUUGAGCUCCUAUAUAAGCGGUAAACUUCUGGAGCACUUUUUGCAGCAGAAAGUGGACAGUUAAGGCUGUGAAGAUGCGGGGUUUUUUUUUUAGUUGUGCUUUAACAGCCCUGCUGCUGGCAGCAGCUUGGGCAGACCACCACCAUGGACACGAUCACGAUGGUGAAAUGAUGUGCCACAGGCUGGCCCCUCCAAAUGCUGACUUUGCCUUCGCCCUCUACAAAAAUUUCAAUGCCAAGACUGCUGCUGGAAAGAACAUCUUCUUCUCCUCUCUUGGCAUUGCCACCGCCUUGUCUAUGCUGUCCACAGGGGCGCGUGGCGACACACAAACCCAGCUGUUCUCUACCUUGGGCUACAGCAGCUUCAGUCAGGAACAGGUCAACGAAGCGUACGAGCAUCUCUUUCACAUGCUUGGCCACAGCCAAGAAGACCAGCAGUUGGAUGUUGGCAACACUGCAGCUGUGCGUGCUGGUUUUAGUCCUCAGGAGUCAUUUCUGACAGGUAUCAAGAAGCACUACUCCGGUGAGGUCUUCAAUGUUGACUUCAGUAAGCCACAGGAAGCCACAGCUGAGAUUAACAAGCACAUUGCUGGUAAAACCAAUGAUAAAAUUAAAGACAUGGUGAAGGAUCUGGACCCUGAAACAGCUAUGGUGCUGAUCAACUAUGUGUACUUCCGAGGACAGUGGGAGAAACCAUUUGAUGCAAAUUUAACAACCAAGGGGGAAUUCCGCGUAGACCAGAACACCAAAGUUGAGGUGGACAUGAUGAAGAAAACUGGCCGUUUUGACCACUACGAGGACAAUGAAAACCACACCACUGUCGUUGUCCUGCCCUACAAGGGUAACACCUCCAUGAUGAUUCUUCUACCCGAUGAGGGUAAGAUGAAACAGGUGGAAGACUUUAUUGACAAGGACAAGAUCUGGCACUGGCACAACUCUCUCUUCAAGAAUAAUGUGAACCUCUUCAUGCCAAAGUUCUCCAUCUCUGUUCCCACCUCUUUGGAUGACACUCUGAAAGAAAUGGGAGUGACAGAUGCUUUUGGCGACAAAGCUGAUUUCUCUGGCAUGUCUAGUGAAGUCAUGCUUAAGCUCUCAAGGGCUUCCCACCAGGCUGUGCUGAGUGUGGAUGAAACUGGAACAGAGGCAGCGGCGGGCACCACUAUGGAAAUCAUGCCAAUGAGCAUGCCGGAGACAGUGAUGCUCAACAGGCCCUUCAUCGUCCUUAUCUUGGAGCACUCAACAAGGAGCGUCCUCUUUAUGGGCAAGAUAAACAACCCCACUGCCGUGUAAAGGUGUCCAGUCGAUGGCCAGUAUCCAUGUGUCCUUAAGCCGGUCAGCUCACCAGGAGCAGGACGUUUACCUCAGUGUCUAUUACAGUGACAUUAAAAAAAAACCAACAGACAACAAAUAGCAUCCAUCGAUUAAUCUAUCAGUGAAGUUUAUAAAUGUUUACAUAUGCUAGUAUAGGUUUUUUUCUUACUGUCUGUUUUCAGUGAUAGAAAUAGUCAAAUUCCAUUUUGGACAGUUUGUAUCAGACCACAAUGUACUAUAGCUGAUUUAUGAGGACUGCAUCUACCAUGAAAUAAAAUAAACUGUCAUGGAGAA